AUCAUGAUCUGAUCUUCCUAUUUCUUUCCUCCCUCCCUCAUUUAUUCAUUAAAGGCAUUCAUCAUCUAUCCUCCCCAUAAAAAGUCCUUUUCUUCUUCCCUACUCAGGUAAAGUCGAUCAAAUCCGUCAAUAGUUCAGAUCAUGGCAGCAACAGUCGGGUUAGGCGUUGGAAAUGUUCUCAAUAAGCUCUCCCUUGGUUCAAAUGCUACGGAGCCAUCCCCGGAAGCUGUCGAAGGUCUAAAGGCAAAGUUUGAGAGUAUCAGCCAGGGCCACGUCUUUACGUUCUACGAUGAUUUGAGCACGCCUGAGAAAGCAGCUCUCUUCGAGCAGUUGUCUCGCAUGGAUACCCAAAGGAUCUCUGUCAUAACCAAAGAAGCCCUCUCACCUCCCCCGCCAGCCGAAGCUCCCAAAGUCGAACCUCUUCCAGAGGAUGCCACGGCUUCCAUUUUGGAUAGUGCUGCAUCCGAUAUCAAUGGCUGGUACGAGAACGGUCUCAAAUUGAUAGGCCAGAAUGAGGUGGCGGUUGUCCUUAUGGCAGGUGGUCAAGGAACCAGGUUGGGCUCCAGUGCUCCCAAAGGGUGUUUUGACGUCGGCCUUCCCUCCAGGAAGUCCCUCUUCCAGCUUCAGGCUGAGAGGAUCUAUAAAGUGCAAGAACUCGGGGCGAAGAAAACCGGAAAUGCGAAGGCUGUGGUUCCCUGGUACAUCAUGACUAGCGGCCCUACAAGGGGACCUACCGAAAAUUUCUUCCAAGAGAAUGCCUUUUUUGGUCUGUCAAAGGAAAACGUAACCUUUUUCGAACAGGGUGUUCUGCCUUGCAUUUCCAACGAGGGAAAGAUUAUCCUAGAAUCCAAAUCCAAGGUUGCAGUCGCUCCCGAUGGAAAUGGCGGUAUCUACCAAGCCUUAAUUGCAUCAGGUGUUCUUGCCGACCUGAAAACUCGAGGAAUCAAGCACGUCCAUGCCUACUGUGUCGACAAUUCCCUCGUCAAGGUUGCCGACCCUGUAUUCAUUGGCUUCUCCGCCUCAAAAAAUGUGGACCUUGCAACCAAGGUAGUGCGCAAGCGCAAUGCUACCGAGUCGGUCGGCCUCAUCAUUCUCAAAAAUGGCAGGCCAGAUGUCGUCGAAUACUCAGAAAUUGACAGCAAGACCGCCGAAGCAAGGGAUGAGAAGAACAAGGACAUUCUCAAAUUCCGUGCUGCCAAUAUUGUCAACCACUACUACUCCACCCGCUUCUUAGAGACCAUUCCUGAAUGGGUCACUGCACUGCCGCAUCACAUUGCCCGUAAGAAAAUUCCCUACUUCGAUACCGACUCAGGAGAGCAGAAGAAGCCUGAAAAGCCGAACGGCAUCAAGCUCGAGCAGUUUGUUUUCGAUAUCUUCCCUCGUAUCCCUCUGGAUAAGUUUGCCUGUUUGGAGGUUGGACGCGAGGAUGAAUUCUCGCCCCUGAAGAACGCUAGGGGCACCGGUGAAGACGACCCGGACACCUCCCGCAGAGACGUCCUAAACCAGGGUACGAAAUGGGCCAAGUCCGCCGGUGCCAUUAUCGCAAGCACGGAGGCAGAGUCCGGUGUUGAAAUUUCACCUCUCGUUAGUUAUGGCGGUGAGGGCUUAGAAUUCCUGGGAGGCCGGGAGAUUAAAGCAGUUGCCACUAUUGAUAAGGGGAAGUAGUGGUUAUGAAAUGGCAUGCGUCUUAGUGUUUCCAUUAAAUGAUUUUAUAUGUUUAUAUCCAGCCAUGCCUGUUGAUCAUACUGGAAUAGACCAAUAUUCCGUAAA